UAGACGUUAUUGUGCUGAGUUCUGAUUAUGUAAUUGUGGAGUAUAUACAGGUUAAAUUUGUUUCAGCUUUACGUGGAUGUGUACAGGGUCCACCCACUGGAUAUGUGUGCUUGCUACACCCCUGGCGGCAUCUCUGAGUGUCUAGCUGUCACUAGACAUACUUCUAACAUUGUUAUGGUUGGGGGAAAUUUUGUGUGAAUCUUCUCGGCCACAAUUGGUAUAGCACUACCCAGACAUUGAUGAAAGGUCAAUAACCGGUCUAGGGACCAGACUAACUAAAGACGAAAAAAAACCCACCAUAUAUACAUAUAUGGGCAGACUGUUACUGAUAAACUGUCGAUCUAGGUUCAUAUAGAGAUCCAUUUCUCUGUCUGAAUAUGAAGGCAGCGUUAUGUCAUUGAGGUAAAUUGACGCUGAAAUCCGCCAAUCUACAUAUGUUGGAGUUUUAGGAGAUACUUGUUUGGAAUUAAGAACUAUAACACCUGACCGCAAAGGACAUUGUUUGCAGCUCAGCCAUGAUGUAUUCCUUCUAUAACACAACAGGAUACAACUAUUACCGGGAUUCAUUUCACUUAACGGAGCGUGAAAUUGCUAUUUUUAAAAGUCUGAAAGGGUUUUCUCCAGGCCCGUACAAUUGUAAUGAGCCGGCAAUUGACAUGAGAACACAUAAUGGCCGUCGUACCAGCCCGACCAACUCAACCAGCUCUUCACAUAUUAAGGAGGAACAUAUCUCAGAUUCGGAGGACAAAAACUCAAUAGACGGAGACAGACUCAUUUCCAAUGCUGUCGGUUUACAAAUAAAGUGGACAGCUGAGGGGCUAAAAAUGAUUGACGUACGGCAGAGUCCAGACACAGUGGAACGGAGUCUGGGUAGUGAGCCCUCACUCCCCAGCCCCCACAGCAGCGAAGGUGACCCCCACACAACUGUCUCCACGACAACAACUAACAAGUCUCCGCCCCUACAACACCUGGAUCAUCCCCACCACCAUCACCACCCCUCAAUAGACACUUCGUCACUUUUAGCCAUGUCUAGUCAAGAGCCAUCAUCUUCAGUCUGUCUUUCAGCAAUGUGUGUGCCGAAGCCAAGCUCAACAGCACCUACCACCAACCUGAAAUGUCUAGUGUGCGGGGACCGAUCAUCUGGGAUCCACUAUGGGGUGCUGGCCUGUGAGGGUUGCAAGGGAUUUUUCCGUCGAGCCCUCCAGGAUAUUGGUGACCCAGCAAGGAAGAGGUGCUACUACAACAAGAACUGUGAGAUCACUGUGCUCACUCGCAACAGAUGUCAGUACUGUCGUCUUCAGAAAUGUCUGGCACUUGGAAUGUCAAGAUCAGCUGCAAAGCUUGGUCGACGUUCCCGUAAAAUGCGAGAAAUGAUCCGUAGUAUGGAGGACACUCAAACAGAGCAGGCCUUGCAUGGCCUCCUCAGUCUCAACUCUGACAUAGAACGACAGAUUGCUGCUUCCACUGAGGCUGCAGUGGCUGCAUCCAUGAGCAACGGCAUCAAUCAGUCCGGACCAAGUCAGACAUCGAUGGCGGCCCUGUCCAUGCUUCUUAAACAGCGUGCCCAGUCAGGCUUCCUGAUGGAGCGUGACAGGGGAUCUAUAGAGACCAACUGCUCCACAGAGGAUAGUAGUGAGAGUCUACCGCUGAUCAAACAAGAACACCGCGAUUCCAUCGAAAGCCGGAAAGAGAUCCAUGACAGAUGUCAGUCACUGUCGCCAGAUGCAGAAUCGGCCCAAGUUCACCCCGCCCACUCUGGGAUAAACGACUCGGCGACGCGGUCAUCGAUUGUCAACUCGCUUCUCACACUCCCACAACACAUAGCGUUCCGCUUCCCCCACCCUCACCUGUUGAUGCCUGGGACAAUAGAACCUGGCAAGCCAUAUGAAAAUAAUGUCCCACCUUUUGUGUCGUCAGCCUCAGUCAGUCAGCCUAUUGAUGCCACGAUGAACGGCCUUUCUGCACAUAGCCAGUCACCCCUUAGUCAACAGUCAGUUAUCGUACAAAACACCACACUUGAUCUCAGAAAGCACAACCGUGGUGAUGAGAAAAUACGAAGUCCCAUCAAAAAACGUCCUUACAACCCAUCAUACAACACAGACAAGGAGUUUGAGGAUGAUGAAGAAGUCUACCGCAAAAUCCAACGCAGAGAUUCAAUAUCCAACGAUGUCGGCUCACCUGAUCCCUACCCAUCCAAAAAAUUGGUCAUCAAUGAGCUGGCAGACAGGCCGUUUCCAUCAUAUAUUCCAACACGAGACAAACAGACAACAAUGGACCACACUGCCGUAGUGGCUCCUAUAGUAAAGAAUGUGAGUCGGAUGGAGGAUGACAUUAAACUCACAGUCCCCAUGUUAAUCUACAAAAUCCAUGACUCCUUCCUGCAGACUUUCACUUUUAUGAAGUCGAAGCUGCAGGAGAUGGAGGAGAAGCUGAUGGAGAUGAAGGAACACAUUGCCCAAGGUCUAAUGAAGAAAGAACCUAACAUACAGGACCUCCAGCGUCUGGAGUUCAUAAUGAGGGGCCAAAAUGGUAAAAUGAUAAAGCCUGGAGAGCUAUGCUGGGAGGGCUUCCAGAGCUUACUGAACAAAACCAUACAGGACACAGUGACCUUCGCCAAGAAGAUCCCUGGGUUUCCUCACCUGGACCAAGACGACCAGAUCAGCCUCAUCAAGGGAGGCUGUUUUGAGGUUGCGUGUGUGGUGUACUCUCAACUAAUAGACUCGGACACGAACAUGAUGUUUGUUCUGGGUAAAAACAUACUCAUCAAACGAGAAGAGAUGAAGAUGGGAUUCCCACUGGGAGAGCACUUUGUGGAACUCCUCUUUAACCUGUGUAUGAGGUUCAACGCUUACACCCUGUGUGACGCAGAGAAAGCCCUCUUUAGUGCACUGGUCCUCAUCUCACCAGAUCGACAAGGUUUGAACAACAGAGAAAAGGUUAGCAAGCUACAGGAGUUACUGAUUCAAGCCCUGCAGGCCCAGAUCACGGCCAGUCACCCUGAUGAAGCAGGACUCUUUCCGCGGCUAUUGAUGAGCAUCUCCAGUCUACGUGAGCUCGGCGUUGAGCACCGGCGCAUGCUGGAAAACCUGAAGCAUCAAAUGAGUUUUUCACACGACCUUUAUGCAGAGACCUUUGACCUUCUGACCUGAGUUGACUUCUAUCUUGCCACAUGGAUAUCAUCUUGACUAUUGUAAUGUACUGAAAGCUUCCAGAUUAUAUGUGAUAUUUUUUCUUCAGAAUUAUUUGAGAAAGAAAGUGCUGAUUAACCCCAAUUCACCUGAGAGCAGAAGACACUUCUUUCACUGUUUUGUCUUAUGUAUCCAUAUUAGCAUGAUUUAUUUAUUGUUUUUUUCCGUUUGUUAUAAAAAGCUUGUAUGUUUUCAUCUGAACUUUCAUGCUGCUGAUCAACCCAUAGCUUCCUGUACAGAAACAAGAUUGUUUUCAUUCCAUUCAAGAAUUAAAUGUAAAUUAGUUACUUUUCUUAAAGUUAAGUUAAUAGCAUUCCUUUCACAACAUCGGUCACCAACCCCUCAAAGGGGAAUCAUCUGGAUCUUCUAUAAUAGAUACCUAAGGUCCAAGUCAUUAAACUCAUAACCACCAUCAGCUUAGUGUCCUAUGCGAUCACACAAGUGUUCUGUUCAAGUUUCAUGCUAAAUGUUGCCAAAACUAUGAUGUAAAGGAAAUACUGCACAUGUGUAUUUUGUUGUUUUAGUCAUUAUUAAUGAAUUGAUGCUAGUCUAAUUAGUAUUGCAAGGUCCCCUCUGACCAGGGAUCUGAGUCGUACAGAUACUGUACGAGGGUUUCAUGUGCUCAGUGUUCUCCAAAUUAUAAUAUUUACAUCUAUUCCAUCUGAUACAAGAAAUGUCAUCAAUAUACCACAUGUACAUUAAUUCAGUUUUACAUUCUAAACACAAAAAAGAAAUUCAUGUCCUUUUCAUUUAUUUAUAAGGUUCAUAUAUUUAACUUGUGUUCACUGUUUCAAUAUGUAUUUGACUCUGUGAUCAAAGGUCGGUUCAUGACACUGGUCCUGCCCCUGUAUGUAUAUUGUGGUACUAACCAGACACUAGUGCUGCCCCUGUAUGUAUAUUGUGGUACUAACCAGACACUAGUGCUGCCCCUGUAGGUAUGUUGUGGUACUAACCAGACACUAGUGCUGCCCCCUAUAGGUAUAUUGUGGUACUAACCAGACACAGGUUCUGCCCCUGUAGGUAUGUUGUGGUACUAACCAGACACUAGUGCUGCCCCUGUAGGUAUAUUGUGGUAGUAACCAGACACUGGUUCUGCCCCAUAUAGGUACAUUGUGGUACUAACCAGACACUAGUGCUGCCCCUGUAGGUAUAUUGUGGUACUAACCAGACACUAGUGCUGCCCCUGUUGGUAUAUUGUGGUACUAACCAGACACUAGUGCUGCCCCUGUAGGUAUAUUGUGGUACUAACCAGACACUGGUUCUGCCCCCUAUAGGUACAUUGUGGUACUAACCAGACACUAGUGCUGCCCCUGUAGGUAUAUUGUGGUACUAACCAGACACUAGUGCUGCCCCUGUUGGUAUAUUGUGGUACUAACCAGACACUAGUGCUGCCCCCUAUAGGUAUAUUGUGGUACUAACCAGACACAGGUUCUGCCCCUGUAGGUAUGUUGUGGUACUAACCAGACACUAGUGCUGCCCCUGUAGGUAUAUUGUGGUAGUAACCAGACACUGGUUCUGCCCCAUAUAGGUACAUUGUGGUACUAACCAGACACUAGUGCUGCCCCUGUAGGUACAUUGUGGUACUAACCAGACACUAGUGCUGCCCCUGUAGGUAUAUUGUGGUACUAACCAGACACUAGUGCUGCCCCUGUUGGUAUAUUGUGGUACUAACCAGACACUAGUGCUGCCCCUGUAGGUAUAUUGUGGUACUAACCAGACACUGGUUCUGCCCCCUAUAGGUACAUUGUGGUACUAACCAGACACUAGUGCUGCCCCUGUAGGUAUAUUGUGGUACUAACCAGACACUAGUGCUGCCCCUUUAGGUAUAUUGCGCUACCAUCUGAUUAGACACUAGCACUCCCAUGUUAGAAUGAGUCUAUAUUCAGUAGUCUGUACAAAUGGGAGCAUUGGUUGUGAAGCAAGGGAGAUCACUCCAACAAUCACAGCUUGACCAAUCAUGAGCAUUGGAGUCGAAUCACAUAUGUGUAACCAUCUGAAGAUGUAAAACUAUAACUUAUUUCACAUUAGAUUUUCUGUGUGCUUUAAGAUGUUAUCAGUGAAUGUGGAUGUCAUCAUCUAACAACAUCUCUAACAAUAUGCAAUCAACGAUCAUUGCUCUACAUUGACUGUUAGUUACGUCACUGUUACAUCGCUUAAUGAUGUUAUGUCAAUGUCUUCUCACCACAUGUGUUUUGCCAAUAACUCUGAUCAAUUAAACCUUCGCGAUAAAUUGAUCAGUUUAAAAUCAUGAUAAAUUUUAACCCCUUCCUCCUUCGUGAUAGGAAGUUAAUCAUCUACAAAUAAUGUUGUGAUUAAUUUGGAAAUAUUAUAUCUGUAUAAUUUAAAAUUUCAGGCUUUAAUCCAGCUUGUUGUAUGAUACAUAUCAUAUUUUCACUCACAGAAUGUGAAAUAGAACUGUGUUUUGUUAUUAUCAUUCACUGGGUUCUUUAUCAUUCUGUGAGCGGUGGUCCAUUUUUAUGAAUACUUGUUCCUGUGAAAUUUUAUCUCUUAUUAUCGUAUCUGUCAAGGUCAAACUAACACCAAGUUCUUUAUGUUUUUAAAGGCAUUUAUUGUAUAUAUUUUCAAAAUCAGCUCUUUUGAUUUAUAAUUGCCCCAAUUUUAACAAAAUUUUAACUUGCCAGCUGAUUUAAAAUUCUAAAAUAUUGUGUUUGUAUAUGAAUGAUAGCAACUUCUCUGUCUGAAGAGAGAGAAGAGGAGUGUUGUUAUCGGUGAAAAGAUCUUUUCUGUAGAGAAACAGAAAGCAGAGGGAAGAAAUAUCUUCAUAAAAGCAUAUCUUCUCUCCAUCUCUCUAAAGAAACAAGGAUGGCAGGAUGCCUCAUGUUUGAAGAAAGAUGAACAAUAAGAUUUAUUUAUUUGUCAACAUAUUCAUUUUUGAGAUUACUUUUAAAAGCAAGACCCGGUGUAAGUAUUAUGACAGACGAGUAUUGAUGAGUUUUGUGGUGCCUUGUCACGGAUAUUUCUUACUGAAAUUUUUACACGUACUCCGCUCCGUAGUGAUAGACUUAUUAUACAAUUUUACCCUUUGAGUUGAAAUGUAAAUAUAUUAAAAAAACACAUACACACAAAUUUUUCUGAUACAUAUGAAAUAUGAUAUCAAUCGUUAUAUUUACUAUUUCAGUUUGAUAAAAUAAAAUCUCAUUUCUUCUUGACUAGUUCCCUCUCUCUGUUUUUGUCCUUUUAUUGUGUGAUUUUUCUUGUGCUAUAUAACUGUAUUUUCUUUGUAAAAAAAGCUGUCUUCUGCCUCGGUGAAGCUCUUGGUGCUGGUAUAAUGUUAUGAUAAUGUUAUUGUAAUGGAAACUAUUUGGUACGAUAUGAAAUUGUAUAUAUCACAUUAUGUAAUACUAUUAAUAUGUGUUUGGGGGGAAGUCAGCUUUUUAUGUUUACAAUGUAAUAUGUAAAUUUGAUUUUUAUUUAUUAUUACGAAGUCCAUGUACUGGGGCAGCCCCGCAAGUCCAUUUGUCUAUUAAUAUUUAAGUUACUGUAGUUAGCUUUUUUUGCAUUUUUGAGCAACCAUUAUUUAUUCAUCUAUUCCAUGAUUUGUAUUUUUAUACAUUUGGUUUAUUUGUACAGACUGUGGAAUGUUUGUUACUGAGUGGUUUGGAGUAGAGAGAUUAUUAAUGAGUAUUAAGUUAUCCUUGUGUUUGUCUGAUGGGAGGUUAGGUUAGUUACAUAUCAAGAGUUUUAUUGAAUAAGAUGAUUCUAGGUCCGAUAGUGUAGACUGUCGAUACUACUGUAGUUUCUGUUUCUUGACUGCGGUAUUUAACCUGUGAUAAACUGGAGAAUAUUUUGAUGUCAUUAAUCAAACCUUAGCUGAUUUUUUUGUGAGAUUUAAAGCCAAAAUAUUUACACCAUAGAUUACGUCCGUACCCCUGUCACGGGCCACACUUUAUAUAUCCUUGUCCGGAUUCAUUCACUGAGUUCAACAGUUGCUGUGGCCAAUCUUGUCAAAAGUCACAGAGGUCACAAGAUCCUCCAUAAGGCUGGGCAAUUUUCAUGUCCAGCCUUCAUCAUAAAAUAAUAUCUUAAGAAAAUGAAAUGAAGAAAAUUAUCACUGGUAAAAUUCAAUAAUAUCUAGACAAUUAAUUUUGAAAGAAGUUAUUUCCUUUACAAGAUUCUUAAUAAUCAUUUGACAAAAUAAAGAGAUUUUCCCAUAUUGACAAAUCACAUACCGGUAUUGGAAGAGCCAAUCAUAGAACCUUAUCUUAGAAGGCUGUCUAGAACUGUAGGUUUACAUUAUCGUGUUUGAUGAGGUGUACCACUACCACAGGAAUAUUGAUUGAAUCUUAAGAAGAAGUGUGAUAAUACAGUGACUGUAUGAUAGAGGUUCAGCAAUGACCAGAACAGUAGUUGUGUACAAUGCUUCAAAUCCACCGUUGUCUCAAGUGGUAACAUUUUAAUGAGUCAUACAUUUACAUUGAAUUUAGAUAUUUCUUUUAAUGUUAUUAUUCAUCAAAGCUUUGUGUUUUAUAAAACACUCAUUAGGUAUGACCACAUUAAUUGGUAGAUUCUGCCUCUAAUUGUUUGUAAUCAUUAUUUCAAAGAAGUGACGAUAACGAAUUGUUUGUGAGAUAAAACAUUGAAGUAUUUUCGCUUUAACCGAUGUUGUUUUCAUUUGUGUUUAUUUCAGAGUAAAUAUGUAGUUACAGAAGAAUGUACUGCAGUUUUAUUUAUUAAUUAAGAUUUUACAACUCGUUUUUGUUUUUUAAGGAGUAUUUUUGUCAUGAAUCUGACUGGAUUAAAGUCGUCAAUUUCAGCAUGAUUUCUACGUUUUAUGUCAUGGUACAUUCCUGUCGAGUUCCAUCAUUUGGACAAAUGCGUAGUUUACAUUCUUAAAAAGUUUGAUUAAAACUGAACAUUUCUAAAGUAAUUUUGAAUCCUUUAUAGCUUGCUUCACGUGACUUUCAAUUAUUUAUUAGGGAGUGGAUGAAUGUGUUUGAUUUUUUGGUGACAAUCUGAUUGAAAUCAGACCUUUUUCGUUUUCUUGUUACAGUAAAUAUGUCUUUUACAGUGGACAUUUAAAAGCAAAAAACAUCAAAUAUUUGGAAAUGUUUUUAUUCUUAAAUCCUGAUUUCUUCAGCUGAGAGCAAAUAUACAACUUCAGAAAUGGUAUGAUUUUAAUCAGAUUACUAUAGAUAGAUAUUUAGUAUAUCUUUAGCCUAGGUUUGUAGUAGAUGUUUAUAUUGGGCAAGCAUGCCAAAAUUAUCCUCACAUAAAACAACAUUGUACAUAUACACCUACAGAUACUGUACUAAUUUAUUUAUAUACAUUCAAGGAGAAAAAGAGGUGUUUUAUUUUGGCUAUUCUUUAUUUUUUUUAUGUGCAAUAGCUUCAACUAUUUAAGAAAACCUAGCAUAUUUAUCAUUUUGAAAAGGUCAUUAAGCAUGUUAAUAUUGCUUGCUCAUUUUUCUCUCACAAAUCAUUUAUAUAUACUUAUACAGUAAAAUGUUUUUAAUACAACAGUACGACCCAGAUUAAUCUAAUAUCCUGUCUUAUACAACCCCUGAGUAUCCUUGACAUACUGUCUUAAUCUGAAACCUGAGUAUUCUGACAUCCUGUCUAAUCUGACACCUGAGUAUUCUGACAUCCGGUGCGAUCCGACCCCAGAGUAUUCUGACAACAUGUCUAACUCAAUCCCCGAGUAUUCUGAUAUCCUCACUAAUCCAUCCUUUGGUAUUACAACAGUGCUGUUAUCUCAUUUCAAAAAAAAAAAAAAAAAAUAGGUGUAAUCCAACACCCUGUCUAAUCUGACCCAGCAGGGUGUCAGAUAAGACAGGUUAAUAUGGUAUGACCAAUAAUUUGGGUUAUGCAUGUUGACUGAUUAAACAGGUUUAUCUGACCAUGAUAUAUGGCCUGACAGAAUGUCAGAUUAGAUAGGUCAAUCUGGCCAAUAUAAUGUGCCCUGCAAAAUGUCAAAUUAGACAGGUUUCACUGUACACAUAACCCUUGUUUGAUACAACAAGGCACCUGAUGUGAUUUAGUUUGUGUCUCAUUAAAUGACAGCAUUGCAUGAAAAAUAAGCUUUUUCCAUAGAUAAAUAUGUAAAUAAUCUCAUUUUUUACCAGAUAAUAUAUAACUGAAGUGUGGUAUGUUUUACAAAUAUAUGAUUCCGAUUGGAUCAUCUAAUUGCUUUCUAUGGAAUUUGUAUACAGGGUACCCUUGAAGAUUUUUGUUUAUUAUAGAAACAUAACACUAUCAGCUUUUUGUGAUAACGACAAAAAAUACUAUCAUGUGAAAUACAGUUUUAAAAAGAAAAAUAUGUUUUUUCUUCUGUUAUUUUUCCAUGUCAAAAAUGGAUAUCAUGCUUUAAUAAAUUAAUUAUCAGCAUUAAAAGAUAAAAAUGCAAAUCUAUAAUAAUUUCUUAAUUUUUUUUUUUUUUUUUUUUUUUAGUAAUGUUUAAUCACUUUGUUAAAAUUGACCGGGCUUCAUUGCAGUCACUGGUGCUAAAAAAUCUGAUAACUAGAACUUUAUGACUUUGCAUGCUAGAUUGAAGUCAUCAACGUAGGUAUUGAUCGUUGUAAAUAUUUACCUUUAAACAAAUUUACAUUUGUUUGUCAAGUACGUAUGAAACCAUCGGUUUCAGUCAUGAGAUUUUUUUUAAUACAAAGCAUAUGCUUUCAACGUUUGCCGACUAAACUUAUGUGCUAUAAAUACAUAGCUGCAAUUUAAGCUUCUACAUAAUAUAAACAGCAUGUAUCUGAUUGAAUUUAUUUUAGAUGUUGUGUGCACAUUUAGGAUUAUAAUGGUAAUAGAAGAGAAGUGGUCGAAAAAUUGAAAUAUGCGAUAUUGUCAAUAAGCCCUUUAGGCCUCUUGUUCUGACAUGUGAUCGAUGUUGAAUGACAAGAAAAGCACAUGUUUUCUCAGAAAUUAUCUAUGUGUCAUCAAAACUAAAUAUCAGACUGGUACAGUUAAGGUAUAGCUUCAUGAAGUUAAAAUGUAAAUUUUGUUUAAUGAAAUCAAAGCCUUGUUUUCAUUUCUUACUUUCCAAUAUUUUUGCAGUAUAUUCUUGAUGACAAGUUUUGGGUUGAAGAUGGUAAUUUUGAAGGAUAAAGUUAGACACUGUUAAUAACAUGUAAUUCUAUAUUUCUUAUAUUUUAGGAAUAGAAAUUGACCUUGUAUUGAAUUAGCACAUCCUUCAAACACACAAAUGUAUUGUAUUGUUCCUUUUUGAUCUAUUGAAAAAGAUUUUUUUCUGAGAAUGAAACGCUUAAAAAUAUUUGGAGAUGAGAUAGACAUGCUAUAACUCGGAGAAAUGUAACAUUUCAAGUUCAUUGUAUGUUAUCAUGUAAUAUUUCUCAAGGUGUGAAAAUAAACUUCAUUUUAACUUUAGCAAAAAAGCUCAUUGCAAUAUUAAAACAAUAAAUAUCUCUCCCAUGUUGCUUAUUAAGUUACGUUAUUGAAGCACAAUCAUGUAAACAAAAUCCAUAGAUAAAUUAUAAUUGUACUACCAAUAAUGAAAGGUUUUAAAGAAAAAAUCUGAUGUCAACAGGACAUCUGUAUAUCUGAUCUCUAAGAUAUAAUGUUGAAACUUAUUUCACAGAAAACGGAUACAAUUUGUCCAUUGUACAUUUCAGGUUUGAUCUAGAACAACUUUCUAUAGGGAUGUACAGUAUUAUACCUGCGGCUGUAGCUUUCCAUGUGUACAUGUAGUUGAGAGAUGUUAUGUGUACUGUUGGCUUAUAAUACACAGUGAAUAUUGGUGCUAGUCAUGUGCUUCAACGUUGGCUAUUUUUUGCAAAAUGUUCUCUGGAGGGUAUUGGCUAGAAGUAUAUUUGUGAAUUUGCAAAAUAUUGGCAUCAAAAGUUCAACAUGCUUUAACGUAAUCUCUUUGCAAUUGUUAAAUGCAAUAAUCUAUUAUUGGUUUAAAUUAUUUUUGCUUUUAACUGAUAACCUUAAUGUGGCCAUUGAUAUUUCCCAUUUACUAAUUGGGCUGUUGAUCUUAGAGCAUUCAGAGUUUGAAAGCGACGUAUCAUUCCUCACUGUAUUGGCCAUGUUGUAUUUUUGACUGCGCACUCGUGCCUAAAUAGACGCUCCAGCUAACCCCUCACAUGUGUAUUGUCGUGUAGAGAUCCUUCCUAACGAAGGCCGCUGGGGGUUGUAAACCCGUCCCUAUUUCUAGCAUUGAUUAUAUAUACUGUAUAUAAAUAUAUAUAUAUAUUAUAUGUGUUUUUGUAAACCAGUAAAACAAAAUUUUAUACAUAAAUCAAUAGUUUUAAGAUGAAAUUGGAAUUAACUUUUUAAUAGUUAAAGGAAAAUGGUAAAUCGCAGCAUAUCUGAACCACUCGUGGGACAUGUCCUUCGUUGGGUUAUGCAGAUGUUCGGAUUUAUGAUUUCAUACCAGUAGGUAAACUCAUUAUGUAAGGGGCAUGGCAGGAGUUCAGAUAUUGAAAGUUUCAAUAGGUUCUAUUAUAUUGACAUCCAGUCUAUAAAUGGAGUUUUUAUUACAGUGAACUUUUAUUUUGGGCGUUCAACAGAAAAGAAACAAUAGAAUCAUUAUCAAAAUUACAAGUGAUCCAAGUUAAGAUUUUCAGAUGUCUAAUACAGCACUUUCUCUAUAGAUAUUUAUGUUGAUUUUAGAGUAAGCUUGAAAUACUGCUGACGCCCAAAAAGCUCUAUGCAAAUAUGUUUUCCUACAAACCAAGCUUACAGCACAUUCUUGUCUGCACAGCCAUUUGUGGAUAGAGUAAGCUAGAGAAAGGAAACUUGAAGCGAUCUAUGAAAAUAAACAACUACAUGUCUUCUACACUGAACAUACCCCUUUAAAAAUUACAUGUAUAAACCAAAGCUUCAAAUAGAUUCUCAUUCUAGCCACCCAAACUCACAAAAUUACAAACAGCCUCCUCAUAUUCCACACAGUACAGGAAGUCUGCUCUUUUUCUACCUAUUAUUUGACAUGGAUCCAUGGUUUAUAUCUAGCUACCAUUCUACAUGACUGUUACCUAUAAAUGUAAAAUCAACCUGUGGAAUUUAAAAGUUUUCCUAUACAGAAUAGUUAAUAACAGUCUGGUUUGAAUGUUUUGUUGACCUUUUUUUUUGGUAAAUUUUGUUAAACAGUAAAUUUUAUGAGUGACAUCAAAACGGGAAAUCACAAACCAAUGUAGAAUACAUAUAAAAUGUAAGUAACAGAGUCAGCUUAAGUUAAGGAGCGUUGAUGAAGCCUUGGACUUGUAGUGUCUCUUACUAGUCACUCCUCUUUUGACAAUUACUUGAUGAAUAAGCAACAGAUUAUUCAAAUCAAAUCAAAGAAAACUCUGUUCUGAUUUCAAAACUACAAAUGUAUGUUUGCUAAUUCAAUUAUCAAGAAUUUUUUUCCCCCAAAGUCAUUUUGUAUCAGAAUAACAUUUGUUCGACUGCAUAUCUCUGCAAAGUGUCAUAUCUGGUAUGUUGGGUAUUCAUUGAGUAUUUGUUAAGCAACUGUCUACAGAAAAAUGGAGAGUAUAGGUGCUAUGUCGGAUAGAUAAGUUUUUCUUGUAAUGUAAUUCAUUAGGAAGAUGUUCGGGUCAGCAUUUCCAAAGUAGAUAUUUUGAUAUGAAGGCUAUAUUUACAUGUAGACUAGCAAUACAGGAACAUUUUUGAACUUGCCAGCAUCAAACACAUUUACACAGCAUCACAAAGCAAAAAUCAAAAUACAAAUCACUAUUAUGCUCUCUUAAAGUAUUACAAGACAUGUAUUUUGUACAAAAUUACUGAUGAAUUAUGUCAAUUGAAAAUUAUAUACCUGUCUGAAGUAUCAUCAUCUAUUUCUCUUUGUAUGCUAUGAAAUGCAAUAUAUGAAAUGUUGAAGUGAUAAAGAAUAUUUGGUGUUCACAUUGUAUUUUAAGGAAUGGUGUAAUUUUCAAACUUUUAUAUAAGGAGAUUUGUUUGGAGAUAAGUAUGGAUUGAUGAUCUUCACUUACUAAUUGCUGGUCGUUGCAAUUAGAUGUGUAUAGAACUAGAAAUAGUAGAUUGGUUAUUUUUGUAAAUGAAGUUUUUUAUAACGUGUUUGAUUUGAGUGAUUUAAUGAAGCAUAAUUUUAUUAUUUAUAUAAAUUAAAAUCUUGGAAGCGAAAUUUAUUUGCCCAGAUUCUUGGUGCUUUUUUUAUGAUAAUAGUAUGAUGUAGAUUUUCUCGUUGAGCAUCAGUGUUUGGGUUUAUACUACUACACAGUGAUUAGACUAUGGUAUUGUGACACAGUAACUAUGUAUAAGGCAAUGUAACAGUGUUUUAUCCAAUAUUUGUAAUGAUAUUGCUAGGAGUUUGUGUUGUCUUUCUUAAAAUCUUUGGUAUAAAACUCACACCAUUAUGUUCAGCGGACUUUGAUGAACCAUAACCCUACAGUGACUAACCAAAGUUUCAAUCGUAUAUGAAUGUGAAUUCUACUCGGCUGUAUUGGUUAUUUUCACUAUAGGCUAAAACACCUUGAUCAAAGGUAGAUUACUUGAAUUUUAACUAAGAAAAUUAAGAUCAUUGAAAAUUAUACUUACAGAUGCAUAAAGUUCAAAAUAAUUCAACAAAAUAUAUAACUUUUUUGACUUGUCUGUCAGAUGUUUCCGAUUUUCUGUUAUUUAGAAUAUAAUUACUAUUACAAAAAGUUCAUGGAAAUUUAACAAAAUAUUGAAUUAUCUUCCUUAAAAUGAAUUUGUGUCAAAUUUUGCUUCAAUUAAAAUUUGACUUUGUGCAUUAUUUAAACGAGGAUUUUCAGAACUUGAGACUUUGUGUAAACAGAAUAUGUUGUUUACAGUUCAUAGAUACAAUAACUUACCUAGACAGUUAGAAUGGGUAAAAAACAAAGGAAUAUAUUUAAACCAUCUAUCAAGUAAAUUUUUAGAAAAAUAAUGGAUAUGUUUGUAACUGAAAAAGAUUUUGGGAACAAAAUGUAUGAAUUGAGAAUAAAUGUUCAGUUUUGAAAAAAAUAUUAUGAAAGUCAUUUUUCAAGAAAAGAAGUUUUAAAUUACGCAAUUGCUCUCUAUUUGUUUAGGUGCGUGUUAUUGUGUACAUUUUGCUAGUGCUAAUCAGAGUAAUGUGUACUGUGUCAUUCUAAUGUGUGCACCAUGUCAUGAUGUGUACUGUGUCAUUAUACUGUGUGCACCAUAUUAUGAUGUGUACUGUGUCAUUAUACUGUGUGCACCAUAUUAUGAUGUGUACUGUGUCAUUAUACUGUGUGCACCAUAUUAUGAUGUGUACUGUGUCAUUAUACUGUGUGCACCAUGUCAUGAUGUGUACUGUGUCAUUAUAAUGUGUGCACCAUAUCAUGAUGUGUACUGUGUCAUUAUAAUGUGUGCACAAUGUCAUGAUGUGUACUGUGUCAUUAUAAUGUGUGCACCAUAUUAUGAUUUGUACUAUGUCAUUAUACUGUGUGCACCAUAUUAUGAUGUGUACUGUGUCAUUAUACUGUGUGCACCAUAUCAUGAUGUGUACUGUGUCAUUAUACUGUGUGCAACAUAUCAUGAUGUGUACUGUGUCAUUAUAAUCUGUGCACCAUGUCAUGAUGUGUACUGUAUCAUUAUAAUCUGUGCACCAUGUCAUGAUGUGUACCGUGUCAUUAUAAGCUGUGCACCAUGUCAUGAUGUGUACUUUGUCAAAUGUGCUGUGCCACAAUUAUAUGUAUAAAGUGUGUAUUGUGUCAUGACUAAACUAAUGAAAUCUUAUAAGUGAAUCCUAGAUUUUCUGUUACCCUUUGAACAUUCACAAUAAACAUAAAAUGAUUUAAAACCUUUUUAUCAAAAUUAAUAUUCAAUUUGCUGAACGCAGUGGAUAUCUUAUGGAAUCAAAAAAUCAAAGUCUUAUGUUACACCUAAAAAACCUAUUGUACCAAUUCUAAAUGACCAAAUUUGGAAUUUGUAUGCUAUUACAAUAAAACAUUCACAAAGGAAAUUUCUAUUCUAAAUAAAUACAAAGUACCACUACAUUCGUCGCCGAAAUGUUUUCUGGAUUUUCUGUGAUCUCUAUAUCUAUGCAUUGCGAUCAAAGUGAAAACUUUCUCUAACUGUACCAGUACAGCAGAGUGUUGGCUGUUUUAGGAUGUACUUUUGGAGAAUGAUCAAAAGGGAGAUCACCCACUCUCAGACAGAGACCAUGUGGCAAUUUUGUGCUAGAGUGUUAGGUGAAUGUAUUUGCAUGUUUUAGAUAGCUACAUUCCAGAUCUCUCACACCCUUUGUGUUAUGUGCGUUUCAUACAUCUAGUAAUGUAGUGAUAAUUUUUGUUUGUUUUUUUUUUUUGUUAUAAAUGUCUGUAGUUUAUAUACAUGAAACAUGUAUACAUGAUUGUCAAUGUUAUAAAAAAAAGCUUUGUUGUUUAAGACGUUUAUUUUUCUCUAUAAAAGUAAACCAUGUCUGCCCGCCGCAGCAUUUCACUGUCUGACCACUACUGUCUGUGUGUUGUGUAGAUUUGCAUUGCAGCAAAUUUUUAGAAUCUCAAUUAAAUUAUUGUCAUACUGUAGCAGAGAUUGACAAUAAAUUAUUGAUGAGGUUAAAAA